AUGGCUGACUCCAUCAACCCUCCUCUCUCUUACGAGGCAUCUGCCACGACUACUCACCCCCAUGAGGCAACUUGCCUGCCCUCGGAGGUAGUCGCCUGCCUGAAGAACUCCCGCUUCCUCCAUCUGGCAACAUGUGACGAUAAGCUCACUCCCCAUAUCUCUCUUAUGUCUUACACCUACCUCCCCUCAACCCCGUUCGACGCCUACCCUACCAUCAUCAUGACCACCAACCCCGCAUCCCGAAAGACCAACCACCUCCUCUCCAACCCUCGCCUAUCCCUGCUAGUCCACGACUGGGUCUCCCACCGCCCGCCAACCCGUGCGCCAAACCCCCAGGGUGGGCGUGACGGAUCUCCCCCACCCGCCGCUACCCGCUCAUCACUGGCAAGCCUACUUCUCAACUUGAACACCAGUGCCCUCUCCAGUAUCUCCACUACUAUCACCGGAGAAGCGCGAUUCCUGGAACCUGGUUCGGAGGAAGAGUCUUGGUGCAAGGAGCGUCAUCUUGAGAACAACACGUUUGAGGAGGAGGAAAUGUCCCUCUUUGGCCAACAGCAGCGAACGGAUCUGACUGCGCGCCGUCCCAGUAUGUCAAUUGAUAGUGACGUACGGGUUGUUACCGUCCAGGUCCGCGAGGGUCGCAUUGCGGAUUGGAAGGGUGGUGUGCGGGAUUGGAUCUUGCUUCCCCCAGCGAAUGAACACGAGGGACUGGUCAAUGGUGUUUCCUCAUAG